AUGAGGAAAACCUCCGAGGAUUGUCUCACUUUGUCUGCAGACUGGAAAGUAGAAGAUGAGGACAUCACACAGUAUAGUCCAGGAGAAAACCCGGCUCCCUCCAAUGUCCAUCCGGCACCACCCAGUGUAGAUGGACCAUCGGAUUCCUCGUAUCCUGAGGAAUCUCAGACUGUGCGGGACUGGGCCGGCCUUCCAACAGGGAAGAGCUUCUCCUGUACUGAGUGCGGGAAAUGUUUCAGUUAUAAAUUCAGUCUUAAUGUGCAUAAAAGAUCUCACACGGUGGAGAAGCCGUAUUCCUGUACUGAGUGCGGGAAAUGUUUUUCAGUGAAGUCCAGUCUUUACAAACAUCAGAGAUCUCACACGGGGAGAAAGCCGUAUUCCUGUCCUGAGUGCGGGAAAUGUUUCAGUUCUAUAUCCCAUCUUAAUGUGCAUAAAAGAUCUCACAAGGAGGAAAAGCCGUAUUCCUGUCCUGAGUGCGGUAAAUGUUUUUCAGUGAAGUCCAGUCUUUACAAACAUCAGAGAUCUCACACAGGGGAGAAGCCGUAUUCCUGUCUAGAGUGCGGGAAAUGUUUUUCAGAGAAGUUCAAUCUUUACACACAUCGGAGAUGUCACACAGGGGAAAAGCCGUAUUCCUGUCCUGAGUGCGGGAAAUGUUUUUCAGUUAAGUCCAGUCUUUACAAACAUCAGAGAUCUCACACAGGGGAGAAGCCGUAUUCCUGUCUAGAGUGCGAGAAGUCCAAUCUUUACACACAUCGGAGAUGUCACACAGGGGAAAAGCUGUAUUCCUGUCCUGAGUGCGGUAAAUGUUUUUCAGUGAAGUCCAGUCUUUACAAACAUCAGAGAUCUCACACAGGGGAAAAGCCGUAUUCCUGUCCUGAGUGCGGGAAAUGUUUUUCAGAGAAGUCCAAUCUUUACAGACAUCAGAGAUCUCACACAGGGCAGAAGCCGUAUUCCUGUCCUGAGUGCGGGAAAUGUUUCAGUUCUAAAUCCCGUCUUAAUGUGCAUAAAAGAUCUCACAAGGAGGAAAAGCCGUAUUCCUGUCCUGAGUGCAGGAAAUGUUUUACAAGGAAGUCUAAUUUUUACAAACAUCAGAGAUCUCACACGGGGCAGAAUCCACUUUCCUGUCCUGAGUGA